UCGCGUUGCAUUGUGGGACGGGAGGAAGCCCAGAGCACGUUGGUCGUGGAGCUGAGCAUGGCGUCCUCCGGGAAGAGAAAACUUGCGCAGCUCAGUUUGGAUGAGUUCCUGACAACAGGUUUCGAUUCAGACGGCGACUCUACAGAGGAGAAGGCGAAUGAUGAAGUGUCCGAGAAGCAGAUAAAACCCAAGAAGGUAAAGAAGCUGAAGAAGGUAGCAGCCGGCAGUGGAGAAAAGAAGGUAAAGAAAACCAAAGGCAAAGCCUCCGAGCACAAAGACCAACUCUCUCGCCUUAAAGAAAAAGACCCGGAGUUCUACAAAUUCCUCGAACAUAAUGAUCAAACUCUUCUGAACUUUGAUGACUCUGAUUCUUCAGAUGAAGAAGGUGGCAUUCACCAGCUGCCGGACCACCUAGAGGAAAUGGAGGAGGAGGAGGAGGAUGAUGAAGAUGAAGAGAAAGAAGUAGAAGAAAAGAAAAAGAAGAAAAAGCCUGAUCAGAUUAUCGUCACCUUGAAAAUGGUGAAGGCCUGGAAGUCAGAAGCUAAGGUUGAUCUUCGGCCGCGACUCUUCCAUGAAAUUGCUCAAGCCUUUAAAGCCGCAGUGGCAACCACAGCCGGAGUAGAAGAUGGUGAUCCCAGUAAAUUCAAGGUUGCUGACACUGCAGUUUUCAAUGCACUAGUCACAUUCUGCAUUAAAGACCUAUUUGCCCACCUUGAGAAAAAGCUUGAUCUCAAGCCAGUGAAGGGAACAAAGCAGGUUAAUCCAUCAAGCAGUUUUCUUUGGAAAAAGCUUCGUCUAGAUAUCAAGAUGCAUCUGAACUCUGUUCUCCAGCUGCUGAGCUGUCUCACAGAAGCCACCGUCAGCGCUGCCGUCCUUCAGCAUAUCAAUAACACCGUGCAUUAUUACCUGUGCUUUCCGAAACACACUCGCCAACUACUUAAGAAAGCCAUUAAUCUCUGGUGUACAGGAGAAGAAACAGUCCGAGUGCUCGCGUUUUUGGUCCUGAACAAGAUCUGCAGAUGCCGGCAAGACUCGUAUCUCAACCAGGUGCUGAAGAAAAUGUACAUCUCUUAUGUGAAGAAUUCCAAAUUUACAUCACCCAAUGCUCUGCCAUUGAUCAACUUCAUGCAGCGAACUCUGACAGAGAUGUACUCGCUGGAUGUCCAGAGCUCCUACCAGCAUAUCUUCAUGUAUAUCCGGCAGCUGGCCAUCCAUCUGCGUAGUGCCAUGACCCUUAAAAAGAAGGCGGCUUAUCAGUCAGUAUAUAACUGGCAGUACAUUCACUGCUUGUAUCUGUGGUGCCGAGUGCUGAGCACAAUCCAUCCCAGUGACGUACUGGAGCCUCUGAUCUAUCCACUGGUCCAGGUUAUCACUGGUUGUAUCAGGCUCGUUCCCACUGCACGCUACUUCCCUCUGAGGAUGCACUGUAUCCGGGCCUUGACACUGCUGUCAGAAAGCACCGGAGUCUUCAUCCCUGUGUUACCCUUCAUCCUGGAGAUUUUGCAGCAAGUGAAUUUUAACAAACGGCCCGGAAGGAUUAGUGUAAAACCAAUCAACUUUGCUGUGAUCCUGAAGUUGUCCAAUGUGAACCUCCUGGAGAAAGUGUUCAGGGACGGACUGAUUGAGCAGAUUUAUGACCUGACAUUAGAAUACGUGCACACCCAGGCCCACAGCAUUGGAUUCCCAGAACUGGUACUUCCCGCCAUUAUACAGCUGAAAUCUUUUCUGAAGGAAUGUAAAGUGUCCAAUUACUGCAAGCCGAUGCGCCAACUGCUGGAGAAGAUCCAGGAGAAUUCGUCCUACAUAACGAGCAAGAGGCAGAAGUGCGCCUUUGGGGUGUCUGACAGAGCCGCUGUGCUUAAAUGGGAAAAGCAGACCAAGGAAGAAGGUACCCCACUGACUAAGUAUUACACCAACUGGAAGAAACUUCGGGAGAAGGAAAUUCAGCUGGAGAUAAGCGGCAAAGAGCGGAUGGAAGAUUUGAAUUUCCCAGAGAUCAAGAAGAGAAAACUCGAGAAGAAGGAGGAAGAUAAGAAGGAAUUCAAAGACCUGUUUGAAUCUGACAGCGAUUCGGAAAGUGGCGAAGGGGGUCUGUCACUGAAAGGAAAGUCAAAAUCAAAGAGCGCGGAUGACUCAUCUGAUGAGAGCUCUGAACUAAGCAGCGAGGGAGAGGAGGGCGAGUACGAGGUGGAAGACGAUGACCGCAUGGAUGGGGAAUCGCAGGAUGAAGAUGAGGAGGAGGAGGGAGAAGCUGAUGCCCACAAGAAAAAGAUCCAGAAGAAGACUAAGGGGGCGCAGCGCCUCUCUCAGGCCGACCUAAAGGAACUAGCCAAAGGGGAAGAAGAUAUUGUGCAGGAUCUCGAAUUCUCAGACGACGAGUAAACAUGCGCUGGGUGUACCAGUAACCCUUUGUCUGCCGGAUACUCGCUGUGGUCGGGCUUUUGCAAGGGUCCUGCAGAUUUUACCACCUUCGUGAGACACCCGGUGCCAUCUUUCGAACUGCUGUGCGGUAUAAUUUGCAGCUUGGCAGAGAAAACCAGCCCAGUCAUAAAUUCACGCAGGAAACCUAUACCAUCCUUCUGUAUUGUCAUCCUAAUAUGCCCCGCAUCCCACGAUCCAUCACUGAGAGCAGAUGCAAUGAUGAAGUGUUACAGGAUGCGGAGAGAGAGCGCGGCGAUUAAUAUUUCAGCGCCUGCGGGUUGCGCACAGUCACAGUGCUGUUACCUUACUCUGGGAAUAUAUGAUUCUGUUGCCAUGAUUUGGGGCCAGCUAUGUAUUCCUUCAGUAAGUAAAAGGUCCCAGGGACGCCACAUGUCAGCCACCUGCUGAAUGUUAACUCUU